AUGGGCGAUCCCGGCUCCAUAGAGGACGCCUUUGACCGCUCUGCGGCCGAUGUCCGCCGUUCUUACGCCGUUCUUCGCGCGAGAGUGGCCGAAUGUAGGCUUAUGUUGACGCAGAAAGCCUUUACAAUGAGAACCGGGUGUUCCAUGCUCGCCUUGGCAGUUCUGGUGGCCACGAUCGCUGCACAGACCGCGUUCGAUCCCGUCCUGACGGUGGACAGCUGCACAAAGAGCAAGCUCUCGUUGACUGUGACGGGAGCCGAGGAUGGGGGUAUUAUCUACAUCCAGGGACAGGACGCCGCAUGUCGUCAGACCACCAGCAGCACUUCAUCUUCACACGAAAUUGACUUUACCUCGUGUAAUAUUCAGUGGGAGGAGUCGUUUAAAGUGAUUAUACAAAAGAAGGCUCUGUACCAGACCGGCGCGGACAAGCAGAUCCCUGUUAUGUGUGUGGCAGAUCUCGGGGACCUGACUGUCAGCAACAACAUCACCGCCGCGGACAAAGAUGACGAUGCCGGCCAGAACAAGACGGUUAAACCAACAGCAACGAUGAAACUAUUCAGCAACGGCGUUGACGUGGCCGGCACCACCGUGAAACUGACCGACACCAUCACCAUGCUGCUAGAGCUUGAUGCCGAUUACAUCCAGGAUUUUGACAUCAAGGCCCGUGAUUGCACAGCUGACAACAUCGAAGUCAUCACUAGCUAUUGUGCAGCAGACACGGAGUUGUUUCCUCACAUGUCCCAGGUGUCGCAGGGCCAACUGUCGGCAUCCUUCGGAGCCUUUCGAACCACGUCCCUCGCCGGCGGAUCCGUCUCCAUGCCUUUCUCCUGCACCCUCCAAGUCUGCCUUGGAUCCUGCAGCGCCACUGUAUGCACGGACGGUCAGAACAGCUACGGCAGAAAGAAGAGGCAGGCUGAAGACCAGGACAACGACGUGGACGAAAUCAGCGUUGGCUCGUCCAUCAAAAUCACCACCGAGGAGGUUGUUAUUGAAGCACCGGAGGCUAACGACGAUUUGUGUAUGAACCAGGGCCUUUUCAUCGCCUUGAUCAUUAUCAUGACGGGCGGCCUGGUCGCUACGACUAUCGCCGCUGUCAUGAUGUUCCGGAAGCUGCAGGAAAAGGCCGGCAUCCUCGACAAGCUGAGCGGCGGACACUUCUCCAAUAUGCCCAUUGCCUAAUGUCCUAUGCCCGUAAACUAAGAUUGAACUCUGCCACCAUCGCCCGUCCUGUUUAAUAACAAACCUUUAUUUAUAGCUUUCACAUUUGAAUGAGCAAUUCGGAGUUUUUUACACAUACAUCUAGUUUGCAAAAGGUAAAUAAUCUCUAAAAAGUCAUCACAGCGUUCAAUCAUGACAUUGUCUCUUGACUUUCUUACUUAAAAUGUUUUGAGCAUGUUUGUGGUAUAAUGACGACAUUGAU